AUGUGUUGCUGUAGCGAAGACUGUCCUGUGCAAUGGCCUCUCAACACCACCAAAAUUAUAAAUAACACAGAAAUCAUCAAACGUGAGUACAACUCAAUGAAACUUUUUGUAAUCAUUUUUGCAUUUUUAAGUAUCUUUACAAUUAUUGGUGUCUAUCUAAAUCACAAAUGGAAUGAGCCACGUAGAAACACUCAAGACUAUAAGAAUAUAUUGCGAAAAUCAAGAAAACUGUAUUUAAUUAAACCAAAACAAUUAACUAAUCUGAAAGUAUUAUUAUGUAUAUUUACGCUACAGUUCCUAUUAAAUGAAAAUGGAAUUUUACAUGGGAAAUUUGGCAAUCAUGACGUGGCUAUUAAAAGAUACGCGAACAGCGAUUUAUUUCACAAUGAGCUGACAAUAUUUGGGUAUCUUUCCAUUUCAAAGGACCACCGGCAACACUGCGUAGGCUGUGUUGGUUUUACAGAAUCUCCUCAAUUACUAUUGACAGAGUAUCACAGCCAAGCAUCACUGUCCUGGCACAUACAUAAUGUAGCAAACUGGGUUUUAUUCGUAGAAAAAUUCAAAUCCUGGAAACCUACUUUGGUUGAUAGCAUGUGCCGCAACUUCUGUGGCUUAUAUUCAUUCGCGUUCGAUAGUUCACAGAGACAUAAACCUGACAACUUUCUGGUAUCAGAUGACUGCAAGAAUGUCGUUCUCUGUGACUUUGAAUUUGCCCAUUGCUUCAAGCUACCUCAGGAGAGUCGUCUUUGUCAUUCAAAAGUGGGAUCCCCUGCAUACAUGGCGCCCGAGUUGUGGGAAGGGAAUAUAAACUAUCGACUGGAUAGCUACAUACUCGUCGAUAUCUACGCUUUUGGGUGUAUGAUCAAGGAGGCGUUGGAGGCAAAUACCAGUUGGAAUUACAGACAGAUUAUUGAACAGUGCCGGGAUGAUUGUCUCAUUCAUGAUGUUCAUUUCAGGCUCUCCUCUGCUGAUAUCAUUGCUAAAAUAUUUAUUGGUUUAUGUGGAGAAUAA